GGCUGGCGCACGUGCGCGCGGUGGGGGCGGGACUUCCGGAGCCCGCGGGACGCUGGGAAGGGCCGCGGCACAAACGGGCCCGGGCUCUGGAAGAGGUUGCUGAGGAGUCUCGUAGGGCUUCUGGCAUCGCUCUUCUCCGCUGGACCCACCGUGUCUACCGCAGGGUCUGGCUGGGGCGCCGAAGGCCCAAGCUCCAGCCCCGCACCGAACGGGGGAAAGAGGGGCGGACGCAGCUAGCGUCAGGGAAGAGUGCUGCCCGGGAACGCUCCGUUCACUCAGGCCCCCGAGAGCGGUGGUUGCCCCUCAGUCUUUCCCGACCUCUGCCUCUGAGAGGCUGCGGCUCGGCGCUCGGGCUCUCCGCGCGUACAUCUCCGUCUUUCUGGAUCCUCCGUUCCUUCUGUGUAAAACCGGGUUGGUUUUCCCUGGCUCCGGGUUGUUGGGAGGAUCCGUGAUGUCAUUUAGGAGAGCGUGCUGUAAACUAAAGUGUUCCACCAGUGUGUGGGGGCAUCGCCGUUAUUAGGCAGUAGGGCAGUACGCGUUGGGCUCAGGAGCCAGAUUGCCUGGGUUUGAGUCCUGGCUCUUCCCUGUGCUGGAGCUGGGGUGAGGAGUGGGGAAGGUCGUUAUUUAACCUUUCUGGGCCUCGGCUCACUUUCAGACGGGGAUAAAAACAGUACUUGCCUCAUAGAGCUGUUCUGAUGCAAGAAUUAAUAUUAUAGGUAAAGCAUUGGAAUAGUGCAUGAUGUGGUAGAUAAACACACACGAAUGAUAGCUGUUAUUAUUAAAUACUUGUAACUUAUCUAAUCAUCACAUCCCCCUCGUCAGCCAGCCAUCCUGCUCAGUUUAUAGAUUAGUCUUCCCCCUUACUCUAUUCAGAAAUUCUUUAACAGGAUUCCUCUUAGGCGUGGAAAUUCACCAAGUCUCUCCCCACCCCCAAAGACCGCCUGUUCUGGCCUUAAAUAGUUGGGACAGUAAGAAAGUUCUCCCAUGUUGUGUGUAAGUCUGCCGUUGGGUUACUGCCACUUAGGAUGCUACUGCUACCCUUAGAGCCAUAGAGAACACAUUAACUCCAUGUUCUAUUCAUAGCUUUUCGGACUAGGAGGCUUGUUUUGCUAAGUAAGCACCCCAUGUUCAGUCAGACAUUCGUUAUAUAAUUUCCAGUUGUUAUAGCGAUUUCUCUUUUCUGAAUAUAUACUUAAAGUGGUAGAAAAGUAUACAACAUGUGUCCCACCUUCAAGGGGCUUAAAGUGUUAAGUGUACAUGAAAUGACUGGCUGCAGAGUAUUCAUAUGAAAGAUUAUUAAAAUCAUGAUAAAAUGUGACGUAAAGAUACACAUUCUGCUUUAACAGAUGUUCUCUUAAUGAUUUUAUGGACUGAUAUUACCUGUCACCAUUUCAUUCCUUCCUAUGUCACUUCUCACAUACUUGGAAACUUAAUUAUGUUCUUACAGGUGAGGCUGAUUAUGUUAAUUUGUUCUUGAGUUCUUUAAAACAGAUAAGGAAAGAUGCUUCUUUCAGUAUUUUUUAUAUAAUAUACUUAAUGUAGAAAUGCAUAUUGUCUUACUAAACACCUCUGCUUUAGAUCUUUGCAUUGCAGCUGUAGUUAAAGAAUGCUGUCUCGUUACAUUGUCACUGAAGAGCCAAACCUUAGAUGCAGAAACAGAUGUAUUAUGUGCAGUCCUUUACAGCAAUCACAACAGAAUGGGCCGUCACAAGCCCCAUUUGGCCCUCAAACAGUGAAAAUCAGCCUAUAAAUACCAAAGCAUGUGUCAUCCCUAGCCAACCAGUGGUGGAAUUGGUGUUGAUGAAGAUUUUGGGAGCCUGCAAGUUGCUGCUUCGCUUGUUGGACUGUUGCUGCAAGACAUUUCUCUUGACUGUGAAACACCUAGGUUUGCAAGAAUUCAUUAUUUUAAACCUUGUGAUGGUUGGGCUGGUGAGCAGGUUAUGGGUUCUCUAUAAAGAUGUUUUAAAAAGGCUGGUUUCUUUAUAUGAGCCAUUGUUUGGAUUACUUCAGGAGGUCUCCAGGAUUCAACCAUUGCCUUACUUCAAAGGUUUUACCUUUCCUUCUGAUAUUGCUGAAUUUUUAGGAGAGCCCUAUUUUGAAGUCUUUAAGAAAAAAAUGCCUACAGCUUUUGCAGCCAAAGGAGUAACUAAACUGCUAAAUAAACUAUUUUUAACAAAAGAGCAAUCACAGAGGUCCAGCGAAGAAACUUUACUCAGAAUUUCCAAAAAAGCUAAACAAAUGAAGAUCAAUAUACAGAAUAAUGUGGAUCUUGGACAGCCAAUAAAGAAUAAGAAAAUCUUAAAAGAAAAGUCAUCAGAAUUUGAUGUGAGGGCUUUCUGUAAACAGCUGAAACACAAAGCUAUUCAGGAGGACAGCUUUGAGUUUAAAUGUUCUCAAUCCAAACUAAAGGCAACAGAAUAUUCUUCUCAGAAAGAAAUAGGAACUCCCUGUGUAAAAAGUCUUGUGCAAAGAUUCCGAGAAGCUCUGACUUUCAUACAACUCUCUGAAGAAAUCCAAAGGGCAAUUCUGUGGUGUAGAAGCAAAAAACUCAAGGCUCAGACUACCUUUCUGGGUAAUAAACUUCUUAAAAGUAACCGGCUUAAACAUUUGGAAGCUCAAGGCUAUAGUUUGCCAAAGAAACUAGAGUGCAUAAAAACAUCCAUUUGCAACUGCCUUCUUCAUGGCUCAGGUAUCAAAACUUCAAAGCAUCAUCUGAGACAAAGGAGAACACAGACUAAAUGUUCAGUGAAACGAAGGAAACCACAGAGAAAGCUGCAGUCGACUCUUUUAAAGGAAAUCCAGCAGUCCCCUCAAAAGAGUGCUACAGAGAUCAUUAAAGGGAGACUCUCCCACCCAACAGUUGAUAGACCUGAUCUCUACCCUCACAAUAAGCAAGUAUUGAGAAGAGUUUCAAAUUCUGUCAUACCAACUGAGAAACAAAUUCAUGAAAAUCUUAUAAAAAGCAAUGAAAAUGAAACUGAUUCUUGGACAGUGAUGCAAAUAAAUAAACAUAAUACAUCAGGAACCACUAAGGAGACAGACGACAUUGAUGAUAUUUUUGCUUUAAUGGGAGUUUAGGCACUCAUGUGAGACUUUUAACUGAUUAACCAACUGCUCCAGUGUUCUGCUGUUUUAAGAACAGCUGAGAUCUGGAAAGAUCUGGAAGUACCACUUGGACUCAGGAGCUGCUUUAGUCCAACACUGUACAGCAGUUCAUUUUAGUUCAAUAAACACAUCAUAGCUUUGUGUCAUUUAACUGACAAAUAUUUGACUAUUAAAUAGUCAAUUUUGGCUUAACCUAAAAGGUCACUUUGGCCUUAAUGGCUCCAUUGUAGGUAAGUGCCCUCCUGAACAGCAAGGUUUGUAGCUUUUAAUAGUUGUGCUGUCUUCUGUUUAGAACUGAUCAUCAAAGUUUUGCCAGUAACUUAUUACCAGGGAGUGGUCACAACCAUUAUUUCACUUCAUUUGUUAAUCUCAUCUCAUAGGAAAGCAUAUUAAAAUGCUUUUGGAGUUCUCCAAGUUUGUGGGGGCUUUUGUUUAUUUAUUUUGGGUGCUAGUGAUUGAUUCCAAAUAAAUUUUUUUCCAAAAAGGAUGUAAGGUAACUUAUACACAAAGCAUAGGUGAGAAAGUUAAAUGAAAAAAUAAAGCUAAGGAGACACAAAAUCAGUCAACCCAAUGAGGCUAAAAAUAAAUUUAUAAUUUGGUGCUGAUGCUAUCAUCUGAUAUAUUUGUAUGUUGCUCAUACAAUUGCUCUGAGGUGAAUCUUACAUAUUUUCAAAUAAUGAAGUUUGAGAUAUCUUUCAAAUGUUCUAGCUUUCUAGAAUUAGGUUAAUAAGCUAUUUGUUAAGCAGGUUGUAGGUUAAAGUUUUAU